UAUCAGACAAUCAAACCUCAACCACCAACAUGACCACUUAAUCAUACAUAACCCAUUUUCUCACUAUUUGACAACCCAAUCGUAGCCCAUUUCAUUACAUGUAGUAUGUUUAUAGACUGCUUAGUCGUCCUCUGUUUCAGUUUGUUGCUCUAGUUUGUUUAUAUGUAACUUGUUGUUAUUAUAAUUGAGUUUUUUUUCCAUUGUUUUGCACGAGUAUUGGCACCAUCGUUUGCUUUUAUAUAUUUGAAAAUACCUUGCAGAGCUGCUGGUAGUAAAGAAGUAUUUAAUUUUAUAAUUUUAUUAAUAAGUUUUAACGAAAAAAUUUGAUAUUUGGUAUAAAUCGAUACUGAACAAAAUAUUAGCGAUUGGGAUUGAAAUAUUUUAUUUUUGAGAUUGAAAUUUCCUAACAAUUUAGGACAUUAUUUUGUAUUCUUAAUUACGAUAUUUGAGAUUCCGAUAUAAUACCAAUUCCUACACGAAAGAGAGGACACUCGGGACACAUGACCGGCAACUGUGCUCCCUUGCAUGCACAGAGAGAAAACUCGAUCAAAUUCCAAUUCCUUUCUUCUGCAAAUUUGCCUCGGUCGAAUUAAGAAAGAACCACCACCUCUCUUCUGCAAAUUCUGUAUUCCUUUUCCUCUUCUUUCUCCUUCGCCUUAUCUUAAUUUGCAUUCCUCGCCAUGGAUGAAUAUCGAAUAGGCAGACGAGACCAGUUCAGUAUAACCCAAAAGAAAUUGUAACGGAGCCAACUAAAGGACCAUGUAUAUGGAAACGGUUGAGUAAAGCUCGAGGAGGAGCUUAGUUUAUCGAUUACAGCUUCUUAUUACUGUUAUCUCUAACACACCUACACCUUGAAUUUUGAGGCUGCCCGACUUGAUCUAUUUUAUGAUAAAUAACAAUAGAGAAAAGAAAGCAACUUGCAGAAUCAAAAUAGCAUUAUUUCACCAAAAUAGUAUAUCUAACAAUCACCAUAAUCGACAUGGAAGGGGAACCCAACAAAAGCAAAGAAACAGAGCCACCAAAUUAGGAAUCAAAAGAAAGACUAAUGAUUGAUGGAUCAGUGUCAAAAACAGAGGGAGAUGGAGAGAGAUUCAAAAGGGUGCAUCAUAUAGUAAUAUAACAAAAUAGCAAUCCCCCGCAUGAAUAGCAAGGAACGAAAAACAAGUCAAUUCAUCCCUUACCCUCUCUUUCUAUUCCUUUUUCUGGAUUGCUUCCCCUGUUCUUCAUUUCCCCUGCCUCUCCCUUCUUAUUAAAUUUAGAGGGAGAAGGCUUCCCCUCAGAAUCUCUUCUUUGUGGGGUACUACUCGUUCAUCUCCCUCUCUCCCUUUAUGUAUCAGUAGUUUUUUCUCUUCUCCUUCUUCUCUUGCAUAUCGGGUUCGGCCGCUAACAACGCAAGGCUUUGAAGGGGGGAAAUUCAGACCCAAAUCCCCAUUUCCUUUCUGGGUUUCCCGAUUCCAUCCUAUGCUGGAAUUCCCCCCUUCCCUACCCUCCCUCAGGUUUCUUUCUCUUCCCCUGUUCUUUUCUCCCCCUUUCUCAUUUACUCUGUUUUUUGUGUGUGUUUUUUUUAUAGCUCCCUGAUGUAUGGAAUUGUUGGGUUAUCACGAUCGUGAAAGUGAUGUUUGUUCAUUUACAUAUCAGAGUCUGAUUUGCCAUCUCUGGAAACCAACUUCCCAGCCAUUCUUUUAUUUCUUUUAGCUGCUAUUCCAUUUUCGAAUUGCGAUCGGAAAUAGGAAAAAGAGAAAGCUUUCUCUUAUAAUGGAUGUGGGCUCUUAGUACCUUUGUGUUUAUGGUUCUUCAGGUGUGCUUCUUGGGCGUUGGAGUUCAAACCUUACAGCUGCUCUGCUUCCUGUACAUGAAGCCAUUGAAGAUAUAGCUUGAAACUUGUUUUUUUCCUCGGAAUUUCACGCAGUUAAAGGUACGAUCUUUCACUGGGAAUAUAUAAAUGUUUUUUUUUUCUCGAAUUGCAGAUGUCUUGUUUCUGAACGAGAUGAGUCUUUCUCUGUUGUUGUUUGUUUUCAGGUUCCAAUUUGCGUGUUGACUUUUAGCUGCGGGUUUAAACCCUUUCUAGUGACGAAAAACAGAGGAGGAGGAGGAGGAGAAGGAAACAAAAAACAAUAAUGGGGGGCUGUGUUUCUUCAUCAGCUAAUAGAAGAGUGAGGCCAGAAGGAGAGAAGAGGCGGAGGAGAUUCUCGAGGCGUUCGGCCAAGAUCUCGAGCGCCAUCCCCGAUGUGCCUGCUCCGAUCAAGAGGCUCAGCAAUGCAGGAAUCGGCGAUUUCUCUUCGAUGAGUGAGUUCGUCCAACUCAAUUUCGAGAACGGCUCAGCCACAACUUGCAGGAGGUCUGAAGUCUCCAAUAAGAGUUUCCACGUCACCCAGCUCCAAUGGAACCAAUGCCACAUCGAUCAAAAUGGAAUUAGUCAGGAGGAAGUUUGGUUCGAUUCGGUGAGCUUCAUUGAAUCCGAUUCAGAUGACGACUACAUUAGCAUGCAUGAGGGUUUCCCGGGUUUUAGCAAUGCAAUGAGCCACAUGCCAAAUGCUCAGCUUCUCCAAGCAGCUUCAGGACUGAUGGACAACAAGUGCAAGUACGAAGGGUUCUACGAGAGCUACAUGAAGAUCGACGGGGAAGGCGAUGAGUUCGGGGAGAAGAGGAAAUCUACCGUCAUUAGGGUCGCCAUGAAGAGGACAUCUGUCGACGGAGAGGCUGUUGCAAAAGGGUCAUCCACUGAGAAGAAGUGCUACAGACCACGAGCAGGACAUUUGAUUGCGCGAGAAGAGAAGCCGAUCACUGGUACAUGGUCUGAGGUCUCCCCUUCUGUGUUCAAGCUCCGGGGCGAGAACUACUUCAGCAACAAGCAGAAGCAACCUGCUCCGGAGAUAAGCCCAUAUGUACCGAUAGGGGUGGACUUAUUCACGACUCCAAGGAAGGUGAGCCACAUUGCUCAACACCUGGACCUUCCACAGGUUCAGCCUCAUGACCAAGUUCCAUCCCUACUCAUCGUCAACAUUCAGAUUCCGACAUAUCCUGUGGCAAUGUUCCAUGGCGACUGCGAUGGGGAAGGCAUGAGCCUUGUCCUCUACUUCAAACUCAACGAUAACUAUGACACUCAAGUCUCUCCACAUUUCAAGGAGACACUCAAGAAAUUUGUGGAGGAUGAAAUGGAGAAGGUUAAGGGGUUUGCCAAAGAAUCCACAGUUCCAUUCAGGGAAAGGCUGAAGCUCUUGGUAGGACUUGUAAACCCUGAUGAUCUCAACUUGAGCUCCACUGAGAAGAAGCUCAUCCAUGCUUACAAUGAGAAGCCAGUUCUUUCUCGCCCCCAACACCAAUUCUUCAGCGGCCCCAACUACUUGGAAAUUGACCUGGAUAUUCAUCGAUUCAGCUAUAUUUCCAGGAAAGGCUUAGAAUCAUUUAGGGACAGGCUGAAGCUUGGGAUUGCCAAUGUUGGCUUAACCAUCCAGGCACAAAAACCAGAAGAACUCCCAGAGCAAGUACUCUGUUGUUUAAGGUUGAACAAGAUUGAUUUCGUCAACCGCGGCCAGAUUCCCACAUUGAUCACCAAGGAAGAUUGAGCUUGUGAGAAUAUGAACACAACCAGCUAGCUAGCAACUCAGUUGGCUGCCCUAUGAAUAUUUACUACUAGAAACUAUAAAGAGUGAAGGAGAGGAGGUGGUGUGUUUACCUUUUUGCAGAAGCUGCCUGCGAUACAAAGUACAUAAGGGAAAGGAAAGAAAUUUGCAAUUCAAGGGAACAAUCUUUUUUUUAUACUUUUUUUUCUUCUUCUGUCAGAGUGAAUUCAUUUCUUCUCUGAUCUUUUAUCUUAACCACCCCACCAUUGUGUAAUCAUCUUCUGCUCUGCUCCAUUCCAUGUUCUUUGCGCCUUACAAACUACAGUUCCUUUGCAUUGUCCUUACUUUCCUACUUUAAGCUGCUUUAACAUUUGUAAAUCUGAUGAUCAGCUGCUGCUAGAGAAUCGCUGUAAUGGGCGAUCGGCAGUGCUGAACAAAUUUCUGAGAGAGGGAGAGAAUAGAUGACAUUUUUACUGUUUGUACCGAGUAGAGAAAAAACUAUAAAAGAAGUUGUCUAUGUUUUUCAUCAAUCAGUGUUGAUCUACUGUUCGCCUCGCGUACAUGCCCAAUGAACUACAAGUUGCAAGGAGAUGACUUUUUAUUUCUUACAUUCUCAUUCUUGAAUUUGAUUAUAGCUAUCACAAUAGAAGAUAAAAAUGACUUGCCAGGUUUGUAAAUUGGACUCUCAUUGUCCAAUUUCCAUAUCAUCUUCGGUAACAAGCAUGCUUGAACUACAAGAAAACGUCAAACUACCACGAAAAAUGUUAUACAACCUAACUUUAUUUUCCAUAUCAUCUUCUCUCUCUAGAAUAGGAAGAGGAAACCCUGAUCUCUUACUAGAAACCCUCCUUUAUUCUGAAACUAAAACCCUAGAAAAAGCUCCCCUUCUCCUUCAGCUCACUUCCACUUUUAUACCCAGAUCGGGCUCAGAUCACGGUUCCAAUUCACGACCGUGAACUCAAGGCGGGGACCGUGAUCUUGGACCAAAACGCACCGCUUUACUAAGUCACUUCACGGUAUGGAGCUGGAUUUCACGGUCUUACGACCGGGUACUGGCUUGAGUCCAGUAAAAUUGCAAAUGGCUCUGGACCCUGCGUACUUCACAGUCUCGGGGCAAUUGUCACGAGACUUUGGACUUUUCUUCGGUUUUUGCGCUUUUCGACCUCCAAAAGUCCUUAAACUCGUCCUCGACCCUCCCACACGUGCUAGGACCUGAAUAUAGCAAAAAAAUACAACCUAGCGUGAAAUAUGUUGAGGGACAAUGGAAUUCAAAGCUAAACUAUCAAGAAAUGAGGGGUAAAUGUGUGCAUUUAGACCUGGAUCACUCUCCCGCACUUGAACGUUUGCUUGUCCCCAAGCAAACCAUUCUCAUACAAGGUACUAUUUCAACCUCCCAACAAUAACUUGGGGACACAUCAAAGGGCACACAAUGGAUGAAUCUCAAUGGUUAUUUGGCAUCGACACAUUGACAAUCACAAGCAAUACCGGCAUCCACCACAAACGACAUUCGAAUGCAUUAAGAACGUGCAAACGAAAAGACCCCACAUUGUUCACAAAUCAAUACAAGUUUGCACAAGAUGACUCACCAACCACAAUUACUCAUGCAUAGAGUUCAAGUACAAAGAACAAACGAAUGGGCGAAAUAGGUCCUCACCUGGAUAGAUAUGAAUACUCAAAUCAUGAAUGAAAAUCACUCACUCUCGACUAGUGGGGUCAUGACCAUUUGGUGCAAAAGAUGUGUACAACCGUUAACACUCAGCCCUAUCGUCUCUUCACCACAAUGGCAACCUCUAAAUGCUAGAGUUCACAGGUCGGAUGUUAUCACUAGCAAGUUCGGAGGUCUUAGAAACGGUUUCAAAUGACUUGUAAGAGUCUUGGACAUGGGAAAAAGGCCUUUUGGGUGGUGGCAAGCAAAGCAUGACGUUCUACAUCUUCAACCAAAGAUACUAGGUUCUACGGUUUUGACUAGAACCUUCUCCUACAAAAAACGGACAAAAACCAC